ACGCAACGGCAUCAGCGCGGCGCGGCGGCCCGCGCCCGUGAGUGAAUUCCAUAACGUGAACGCGACUCGCUUGUUCGAUGCCGUCAGCGUGUUAUUGGAACACACUGUGGCUCUGUUGUAAAUUAUACUAAUUGGGCAUGGCGGUCUCUGGAAAAACAAUAGCUUCAUCAAUUCUCAACCAGAUGCCCGAGUUACAUGACCAUAUAAUAGACCAGUGAAAUACCUGUGUUUAGUUUAACGCGGUCACGACGCCUGUGAAACUGUCCGCUGAUACUGAGUGCAUUAUGCACGUUGCGUGUGUGAGUGUGUGUGAAGUGUUCAUAAAUAGUCAGUGCUAGGGGAGUUCGGCGUAAUGAUACCCGUUGUAUCUUCACUGGUGAUUCCGGAUUAUGGUCUACAAUAAAAGGAUAAGGCGUCUUUUAAGGACGUAAUCUGUUAUGGAUCCGAUAUUAGAAAAUGAAGGUGCUACUACAACAGAGUCACCCGGCAAACAUGGCAAAUCUAAACAUAAACACAAAAAGAAAAAGAAUCAAUCUGAAACGCAAAAAGAAAAUCAGACGGUGGUAGGAGAGCGCAAAAGGUUUGUCGUUACCACUUUAACUACGUCCGAAGAAAAAGUUCCUGCCAGUAAUGACACUGCUGAAAAUAAUGUUCAUACGGUGCAUUUUGGAACGCGCGGAGUUGAAUCUCACAGGCCACACGUGAGGUCAAUAUUUAAAGAUCGAUCUGCUGAUACUCCAAGACCUUCGAGUGCUGAUAGAGAUUCUUCUAGCGCAAAAGAAUAUGAGACAUUUCACGGUACCUCAUCUAGUCCGCGAAGCUCAAUAUUUGAUAUUUUCCGAUUACGCAGGAAAAGUGAUGCUAAAAAAUACUCAUCAUCAAAACCUCAGUCUAAAACAACAGAGAGCCAAGAUACUCCAAAAGAUGAUCAGAAUAUCACGGAAUCUAAAGAUUCUCAUAAAAAAUAUUACCAUACUGUGACUGGGGCUUCAUCGCGAAAAUACAGCCCAAUUACGAGAGUGAUGGAUAUAUUUCGCAGUAAACCACAUACAGAAAAUAAUCAGUCGCCGGUUGAUCCCAUCAAAAAGAAAAAUGCAAAACAGAUUCGUCGUUCAUCUAUUGAAACGACGUCGCCAACUUAUCAUAAAAAUUCUUACGCUUCUCUUGAUCCAAUACAAGCUAAACAAUUGUUUCGAGAAGUCCGAGGACUACCUAAAUAUGAUCCUUAUUUAUCUAUUGUUCAAAUAUCUAUUGGAGGACGAGAUAAGACCAGGCUAUUACUAAAUUUUUUCAAGUACCAUAAGUGUUAUGAGAUUUUACCAAAAUCAGCUAAGGUUAUUAUAUUUGAUACGCAGUUUUUUGUGAGGAAAACAUUUUCUACGCUGAUAUCACAUGGUAUAAGAUCUGCGCCACUUUGGGACGCUGGCAAAAAACUCCUUGUUGGGAUGAUAACUGUCACAGACUUCAUAAGAAUACUUCUUCACCUUGAUAAAGAAAAUUUACCAGUUGAAGAAUUAGAAAAGCAUACCCUUCACAAUUGGAGGAAAAUAUUAAGACCAAAUCGUAAACCAUUAUGCAGUGUAGGUCCAGAUCAGUCAUUGCACGAUGCUAUAAAUUUGCUUAAUAAGAAUAGGGUACAUCGGUUAUUAAUGAUUGAUCCAAUAUCGGGCGACGUCCUAUACAUAUUAUCCCAUAAAAGAAUUUUGAGGUUUCUUUUUGUUUACCUCAAUGAAUUUCCCGAAUUAACGUUUUUUCAUAAAACCCUAGUCGAAUUAAAAAUCGGGACGUAUGAAGAUAUCGCUUUUGUUACUGAAAGCGUUAGUAUAAAAUCAGCGUUUCAGCUUCUUUUAGAUAAGGAUAUAUCCGCUUUACCAGUUUUAGAUGACAAUGGCGCGCUGAUAGACGUGUAUGCGAAAUAUGAAGUCUUGAAUUUAGUGAGCGAAAAAUUAUAUUCGAAUUUGUCUUUGACGAUAGGUGAAGUAAGAAAUAAAAAGAAAGACUGGGAAGAAAAGUUACAAAAAUGUCGUUCAAGUAUUACUUUAUACGAGGCCUUAGAAGUAAUAGUUAGAACUGAAAGUCAUCGAUUGUUGUUAGUAAAUAAUAAUAAAGAAAAUAAGUUAAUAGGAAUUGUGUCACUUUCUGAUAUUUUAGUAUAUUUAAAUAGGAUAAUUCCAACAGAGAAGAAAGUGUCAUCGUUACAAGAAAUAUUUCGUCCACUUGAAGAGAACAAAGUGGCGGAGUCGACAAAAGAAUGUGAAAAUGAGACAAUAUCUAUUGAAGUACCUAGUCUUGGAUCGCAAAUUGUACUGGAAACUGACGAGACAAUUUCCACAACCGACGAUCCUAAUUGUGCUAGUAACAAAGAAUGUCAUGAAGAAAAACAAAGUAUGGAAAAUAAUGACGCAGGUCGUGAGGUUCUUGUACACGCAGAGGAUACUAACAACAGUGACAUUAGCAAAGUCGAAGAUGGAGAAGCACACUUAGACACUGCUGUAGUUGCGUCUGAAGGAGACAAGUCAAUCGUUAACGAAUAAGUAGUAAAAUUUGUUUAUUCCAAAGAAAUUGUGAUAGGUGAAACCGCCGAGUCCGUAUGUUAAUCUCAGCUUUUGCUUAAAUUGAUAUUGUAAUUUACUUCGUCAUCAUUAAUAGAUGCAUUAAAUAACACGUGAUUGCCUUAUUCAUUAUUUAAUUCAUUAUAAAAAACAUGCUGAAACUCAAUAAAUUAUUUUAGCACUA